AUGUCUGAAUCAGAGUCUCAGUCAGACAGAGAGGAGGACUACAGGUUCCUCAGCAGUAUGCUGAUAGAGAAGAAGCUCCACCUUCUCUUCAAGGUAGACCUACUAGACCUAUGACUUUCUCUGCUGAGUUGUCAAAAUAUACAGUUGAAUGCUCUGAUCCCCCUGAAAGUGGUAAAACCAGUUCUAGAGUAGUUCACUAAUAUAAAAAAAAAAUCUGUAUUGCCACUGAAUUGUGGCUUAAAUAAAAAUAGGUUACAUCAUAUUAUCAGGAAAAAAACACAUUAACAAGGAAUAAUUAUGAAAUAAGGAAGUAUAUGUCGUAUAAAAACAAACAUGUUCAUAUUUUAGUCGGAAAUGGAUCUCACUAGUGUUAUUCGAAAGUUGAGCAAAAUCUUGCCCUGACUUAUUUCAUCAUCAAAAUACAUCAUUCACUGUGAUGAUGAAAAAAUUAAAAAUAGGCUUUUUUAGUAGCAUGCAGGUGAUCAGGUGGGCUGAUUGGUCUUGUUUACAUAUGUAGAUCAUUACUAUUCAUUUGAGUCUGUUCCCUAAACUGAUUGAUAAAUUUAAAUGAUUUAAUUUUAUUCAAUCCUCAUGUGGCUUAAAUACUUAAUCCUGAUUGGUCAGACUGUUGCUACGAAGACCAAAUCGUGGGUAACUGCUUUGACUGGCCCCUGCUUACUAACUGUAAUCUUAUCAGUGCAUGCACAGGUUUGUUGAUGGUAGAAAAAAAAGACAAAAAAGCAGAGAAAGGGCACAGGAGAUAAGAGACACAAAACAUGGAGGGUAAGACAGCAAAAUCAAAAACAUAAACGACAGCUCAUGACGUCAACAUGUGACUAAACACGUAGUAUUUGCAGUUUUUACAGUCUCACCUCCAGGUUGCACUUCCCUUAACAAAAAACUUGCCCCGCUGUUCUUGAGCGCUUUAUACAGUAAUGUGUCAGUUAGUUCAAGUACUAGAGUUGACGCUCCAACUGAUCCAAUUUUAGCUUUAUCAAAAGUUAUUUUGUUCAUUUAACUAUGCCAUAAUUUGACACGUCUUACAGAAAACAAAUAACACAUUUUCAGUACAACAAUAAUCAUGGAAGUUGUAAGUCAGAGGGCCUCCCCCCAAAUGUAGUAAAGAUUAAAAUAACUAAAAAGUCGAAUAAAAAUGUUAAAAGCUGUUAAAUAAGCAAACAAUACUGAAAAUAAUGGUUGUUUGACCAAUCAUUUGGAAGAUUAAAGGUUAGUCUUUAUUUCAUGGAGUAUGCACAUUUUACCUAAUUUUCAGUCUUCCACAAGUUUCUGUUCUCUUAUUGAUGUUUCUAAUGGUAAAAACUGAAACUACUGCAAAGGCAGCAUUUGAUUUAGUACUAAGUUUCUUCCUACUGACAGCCCUUCUUCUGAUUCUUCCCUGACUUGACAGAUCCAUGAGCGUCUGAAGCGUUUUGAGGAGAGAAGUCCCAUCCCUGUCCAGGAGAACGCAGCCAGUCUGGCCUCAGACGUAAGCCACUCUCUCCAGACAUCUUUCACAAAAAGAGAAGGCAGGGAGUUUUUUCAGCAUUUAAACUGUUACCUCUGAUAUACUAAUGACUUGCCUAUCACACAGAAUCACAAGUGGAACCUUCAUUCUGUCUCAUGUGUAGUGAAUUAUGAAAUUUUAUCUUAAAUCUAUGUCACAGCGGGUAUUACGGAUCGAAAGGCAGCGUUCUAACGCAGAUAGGAUUUUGUGUUUCUGUGCCAGCAGAGGAGAGUGCCAAGCAGAGGGCUGCAAAAACCAUUCUCUUUGUAGUUCAUAGUUGCGGGUUGGAGUAAUAAAAUUAAUGUCACAUUUAAAAUGAAGUGACAGAGAGUACUCUCAGUGAUGCAGCGACUCAAAACCAGUCUCUCUUUCCAUCAGAUGUGCAUAAUAUUUCAUUUGCCAGUCUUCAUCACUUCUGUUACCAACAUGCCUCUUCUAUAUUUCCAUUUCAAACCACCAAGUCCUCUCUAGCAUUUUUGUUCCACAUUGAUUUCCUGAUCGGCUUCUCGUGGUCCUGCACAGAUGUGUUAAAGAGAAAAUGUUCUCCUUACAUUUUUCCUUUGCUCGGUGCUUCCAUGUUUUCAUCACUCUGCUUCCAUUAUCUCUUUUCUCCCCUCUUUCCUCAUGCGCUGUCCCAUUUCUCCUUUUUUUCCCUCUUUUGUAACGUCAUACUUUACACUUCCUCAGGCAUGAUGUGAUUAUUUGUAGAGACUCCAGGUUUAUAGAGAGGGAGACUCAAUAAGGCACUGACAUUUGGCCUUUCAAACCUUUGAAGCUAUAACAAUAAAUAUAUGCACAAAAUGGAUUUUUGAUUCUAAAGGAGAUGGAAGUUGGUGUUGAAACAAACUUUUAUUUUAAGAUGAGAGAAGAUUUUAUUAUGUAAAAUAAAUUGUAAACUCGGACAAGUUCAAAGAAAUGAAGAAAAAAAUGAGGAGAAACUUAAAGACGUGAUGCUGGAACACCUUUUUUUCUAUUCCAGAGCGGAUUGCUGCUCCUGAAGCUCAUUUGAAAUUAUAUUGUGCAUAGAAACAGACACAUCAACAUAACUGAGUGAUUUUAUAGAAUGUAUUAUCUAAUAACUGAACAAUGUAUCUACAAAUGAACUGAUGCCAGCUUUGCAUGACUUCGCACAUAAUAGAUAAUAACUCUUAGCUAAGGGUUGACCAAUCAUUAACUGUGGCUGGUUGAUAUUUGGCAUUUGACUGAUAACCGGUUUCAUUGUACUGAUCCUGUAUAAAAUAAAUCUCUGAAAAGAGUGGCCCUUUUACUCCACUGCUGGUGUGUCUGUUCCUCCAGGUCUGUGUUCACCCACCACUUUGUCUCACCUCAUGUCUCACCUACAACACUAUCUUAUUGGCUGUAACUGUAGUGUAAGUGUAAGUGGUUAACUGUUGUAUUUGAGAUGAAAAGUUUCAGGUAUAGUUGAAUUUUGUGAAAGAUAAAAUUAGAUUAUAUACUCCUUUAUUAGUCCCACAAGGGGAAAUUCCCGAAAGUCUUCUCUUGGAGUUUGUUCAAUCCCAAGUUCUACAUUUUGACAGAAAAUUUUUCCUUUUUUUGUAAAAAUGUCUCUUUAACUAACUGCUAUUAGUCAACUUCUAAUAGAUAUUGUUAUAAUACUUCUUUACAUAUUCAUGUUUUUUUUUUUUUUUGUAAAUCAAGUAUUUUAGUCCUACACUAAGGUAUUGAGUUGGCCUGAAUCCGUCCAGGACAGGUCUGCCCUGUGUGAUUUGUGUAUCCUGCCAUGUUUCCAUACUGUCCAUCUAUCCUCUCCUCUCCACCUCCUCCCGUUCACCGCUUUUGCAUCAGAUUCACUUCGACAGCAACUCUCCGCCUGGCUUAAAUCAUCAGGACCUGCUGGUAGGGCCAAACCAUGGGUCUGUUUCCCCUCAGAGAGGCUUCUGUUUGCUCGCACUGGAAACUAAUGACCUUCAUGCAUUGUGUCUCUGGAGUGUGCCUCCACAUCUUGAAGCAGUAGAAGUCAUUACAGUAAUACGCUUGAGAAGACGGGCGACUGCAUAUGGUCACUCUCCGCCUCCUCACUCGCUGCUCACGGUCAAGGCUGCUCUGUUUCAGCCGUCGCCGCAGCUGUCGUGCAGCCUUGAACAUCCAGGAGCUUUUUUUCCGACAGUGGCUAAAAGUCAAGAAACAAAGGAAGAAACAUGUGACACAGAUAGCUAACAAGAACAGAGAAGCAGACUCCCAAUGAGGAGAACAAGUUGGUUUUAGGCGUGGAAAUAAAGUCAGAAACGAUGACGUGUCACACCGUUCAAAGUUAAAAUUUACUCAUUUUGUUCAUCUCUGCUUGUGUCUCUGUCUCUGUUGGCCGGUCUAGUCUAGUCCACUGCAAACCUCACUCAGGCCAUGAUAUAAAUGUAUACCUCUAAUUAUCAAAAAUAGAGCCGUCUUUUCUCUUUUUCUCUGCUUCCAGUUGGCUGAGGAGCUGAUAUCCAAAAGCUGGAGAGAUGAAGUCAAAGAACUGGUUGACCUCUUUUCCAAGCCCCAUUUUAAGGUGAAUAUUAUGACUUUCCACGGUUUUACGUGUUUGUGUUGCACACACGUGUACCAGCCCAGAACUUACCCCGCCAAGCCCUGUCGAGGUCCAGUCAAAAUCGAUCAUUUUCACCAAUAAACUGCAGUCUAAAAAAGGGUAAAUGUUUUGAGAAAUGUGUGUUUGCAAAAAAGAAGUUCUACCACUCUCAUUUCUAUCCAAUCCAAAGCUGUGACACAGACUAGCAUAAAGACUAAACAAGGAAUGAGCUUGUUUGUGUAAGUUUUGUUCCAAAUAAAACAAACUAACCUCACUCAAACUUUGUUUUUGUUGUAAAUGGUCUUAAUGAAUAAUAAUGCAUUCAAUGUAGAUACAAAAAGUGCAGUUUCUGGAGUCAUCUGAGGUCCUAUGUUAAGAUGUCAUUUUUACAGCAGAGAUAAACACAUCUACAGCCUGGUAAAAAAAAAAAAAUGGGUAUGAAGUAACCAAAACUUACCAGAGGUGGGCCUUUAGCCUCUUCGCAAAUGGAUCCAGUGUGCCAGCCUGUCAGUCAAGUCAGCGGUACCUCUGAUUUGCCGAUAUUGUAAACUUCAAACAAACACAUUACAGAAUAAAACCCUCUUCUUACAGGGGAUGUUGUGGGAGCCCUGAGCAGUGGAGACCAAAACAUGUUUAUUUUUGCUCUAUUUGGCUGUUUUGUCUUAGGUCUGCAUGUGGUUUCCGCUGCUUCUGCAGUCAGCCUCAAACAGGCACUCAGGGAACUGUAGAUUUUAGCCGUUUGCCAGGCAGCUUCUGUGGUCUGAGCUCCACCUCUGAGCUGGUUACUAAAGCUUAGCUGAAAGUUAGUUGGAGUUAGCUGUUGGAGUCAGUUUCUAACCAGGAGCUGGAUAACAUAGAUGUGUUUUGGAGGAAGACUGCAAAUAUUCAAGAUUUGUAUUUUACAUAAUACAUGAGAUAAAAAGCAGGGGAAUACUAAUUUAGUUUAGCAUACAUACAGUGGGUAGAGAAAAACAUACGAAAGAGGAUUAGGGCCACAGAAAGAGAAAAAAAUAAUUACAGGGGGGAGAUUUUUCUUUAAAUUUCAAUUUCCAAGUCCAAAUUUAAAGAUUGAAGUCCAAAUUUAAAAAGGUCAAAAUUUCAAUUUCGACUUUAAUUUCAGAAUUUUAUUUUUUUUAAUCUCGAAAUUUCAACAUUAAACAUCAUUCACAACUUUUCGACAUUUUAUAAUCUCCAAAUUUCAACUUUAUUGACAUAAUUUCAAUUUUUCUAAUCUCAAGAUUUCGAAGUUAAUCUUGAAAUUUUGACUAAUCUCCUUCCUGUUAUUAUUUUUUUUCUCUUCAUGUGGCCCUAAUCCUCACUUGUCGAAACAGCUAACUUCACCCUCUUUAAUGGUAGAACAUUUUUAACUUUAUGAAAUGUCUUGGGGAAAAGAAACAGUCUCAGUAUAAAUCAAACCAACUACAACUAAUGCAUUAACUAGUAACCCUGUCUAGGAUACAUCACAGGUCAGAGGUUAGGAUCUGAAGCCAGAUCGUGUCCAUGGCUUUGAUUGAAAUUGUUGAAGUGUUAUUCAAAUGUAAAGUUAAAAGGUGUGUGUGAGCAGAUAGAUUUAUGACAUACAGUGGGUACAGAGCCUGGCUAAUAUUUUAAUCCUGUUUCCAGUCUUUGUUCUGAAAAACUGGAGCUAACUGCAUUAAUCUUAAACUCACUUUCCUAAUGCUUUUUAAAAAAUAUAUCUUUACAGCUCUUUCACUGUUCUCUUGCCUCUUUAUUCUUCUAGUAUUUGCACACAAACACAUACAAAGUCAUCAGUUUGUGCCUGAUAGUGCACCACGCAGGGUUUUGUUUUGUUUCACUGAAGCAGAUACUAUAAUCACUCUUCUCAUGGAUCAUUUAUAAAGCAAGAAUGUAAUCCACUUGGAAAAUGUUGUUUUGGUUACAGAUACAUGGUUUAGCUACGCAGAUCAUUAUCACCAAAAAAACACCUCAUGAACUGUGUGAUAACAUGCUUAGCUAUUAUUCUUGACAUUGCUUUUGCUAGAGGUGUAAUCUGAGGAACGUGUUUCCAUGCAGUCAUGCUUCAUCUGAGCUAUUCUGAAGCUGUCACGGCGGCUGAAGACUGGAGCUUAAACACACAUCAAAUACCUCGUAGUAUUCUGCUCCUACAUUUGGGCUCUUAUAUGGGUCACACAAAGCGACAAGUUUAUCCAAGUGUAAAUUUUAUUCAAAUUGAUUUCACCUCAUCAUUCUGCCUGCUGAGAGGUGCUGACAUCUUUUAACCACACUGGCACUGAAGCUAAUCUACUCCCUGGUUAUGUUUAUUAGUGUUCACUCAUGCAGAGGCCCAGACUACUCAAACGCAUGUUUCCUUUUUUCUGAUCUGCUGACAGUCAUAUUUCAGACACACACACACACACACACACACACACACACACACACACACACACACACACACACACACACACACACACACACACACACACACACACACACAGUAAAGGCUUUUCCAGUGAGCAGCAGGAGUUGUGGCGUUUCCUAAUGAGGAGCCAAAGCCCGCCGAGAACCAACAGGUUUGUUUAAACAGUUUUAACGACCUGUUUGUUCUUGGCCUCGGUGCAGGAGCUCACACAUACUUAUACGGGACUCCAGGUUUAAUAUUCUGUAAAUGAAUGUUUGUUUUUUAAAAACCCUCUCCAAAAGUGGCCAGAGACACAUUGCUCACGCACCGUCAGCUCCUAAGCAGAUCAGCUGUUGACGGACACAAGGAUAACAAGUAGACUAACUGACAGAUGGAUUGGCUGAUUGUUAAAAUUACAUAGAUGAGCAGAUGUUCCCUCCCUGGUCUCAUUCUUUUAUUAUUAUUAUUAUAUUACAGAAAAGUCACUUUUUCCCAAGUUGUACUUUUCUCCAGGCUCUCAGUGAGAGAUCCAGUAGAUUGUUUUUCUGCAAACAAACCUGGAGCUCCCUCUGCCAAAGUUAACAAAAACCACACUCAGUUGAACUGUCUGGGCAUCGAUAGUGAUUCAUAUAUCACCUCACAGCCCGCUGUGAAGGAGAACCUUUUUCUCCGAUGUGUGUGAUGUUUGGGUUGAGCCAGUGUGCCUGCAGACAGGCAGAGUCAGGAGUAUGGGGGGCUGCUUUCAGGUGGCCCACAGGCUGGCAGUACAUUUCAAAUUAAAUUGAAUUUGGCUUGUUGGUACGGGCAAAAUGGAAGGGUCUUGACUGUGAGGAAAGUGAUUUAUUUGGAUUUAGUCCCUGGAGUGAAUUCUGCACAUACCAGCCAUAAUUGUAAUCAUUUUUGCAGAGGUCCUUCCUGAGUACACAUUGAGCUUGAAUUUAUAUACAGUAUGUGACUAAAUAAGAAGUAAACAUAUUGUUGUUUUGGACCAUUUCUCUUGCCUGUAGGAUUCAAACUGAGAUGCAUGUGAGGAUACUGCAUCUACUGUCUGUACAUAUAUCACUCCCUCACUGUAUGUCUGUCAUCUUUACAGAGUCUCCUCUUUGUCCACGACGCUGUCGCCCAGAGAGACUUUGAGCCCACUCUGCCGCCCAUACCUGAUGAUGUUUGGGACAGUGAUGAAGAUACAGUCAAAAUUGUCAGUCUGGUCAAAACUAAGGAGCCUCUGGUCAGUAAAGAUGUCUCUUCAUUUAAAUGUAGUACAAAGAGUUGUUUUGAUUGAAUGAAAGAUUAAAAGUCAUAGGAUUAUAUUUUCAUUCAUAAUUCAAUAGCGUUUAAAGAUAAGUCCACUGUUCAAGUGUUUUGUGUUUGCUAAAUCAAUAUCAAAAGUGAGCAAGAAGUUUUUAUUUUAUUAUUUUUUUUAUUUUUCAAUUUGACCAAGAGAAAAAAAUCAUUGAGAUUUAAAAUCUUGAAAACAGUAUGCUGGCAAAAACAGACAGCAGCACCGUUAAACUUUCUGACAAACAAAUAGAGCAGAACCACUCAAGAAGUGGGAGCAGGAAUUGCUUUUCGUGCAUUUCUGUGAAAAUCACAGAAAAGAAACGUAAAAGCUUUUGCUUUCACAUUUUCUGGGUUGCUAGGCUGGUGGUUGACUGUAGUAUACAUGUAUACUCUAGAAGAGUGAAUUCUGUUUUCAUACAUUAUGACCCUGUGAGGACUACAAACAGGCGUUAAACAAAAUUUCCCUCAGAGUGUGUCAUUCUCCAGAUUCUACAUUUGAAUUGAAAGAUUUCUUUUGAACUGUAAAUGCAUGUCAGUGAUUUCUUAUAAAUUACCAAUAAUCUGAGCUGUCCCUCUAAAUCCAAUUAUCAGUUAACCCCUAUUAUACCACAGGGCCCUAACGGUACCGCCUGAGCUUUGGAGCCAGCCUAAAGUGGCCUUCAGGGAAUGUCAGCUUUUACACUUCUGCAUCUGUCAGCUCCAGGGUUUAUCUCCACAGAAGAACAUGUGAAAAAUCGCCACGACUAGAUUUGAGUCAACCUGUUUCUAAUUCACCCUACCAGGUUUUGUAAUAUGCAUAAAAUAUACAUAAAUGCAGUUAUUGGAGGUAUGACAACUGCACCUCUGUGUGCAAUUUGUCCCGCCAUAGUCCUUCACAUGCACACACAGUUCAAAAUACUCCACAUACCUUAUUUUUUUCUGCUCUAGUGGCUGGAUCUGUGUCAUAUAGUCAAACAGCGUGACCGCUUGAGUCAUGUAAGCCAAGGUGCAGCAGGUCUGCAAAUCUUGAACUGACACGAAACAUAAGAAAGGAUCCUGCAGCAGCCUGGAUCACCUCUGCGUCUGGACCACUGCUCACUUUCCUCAACCAGGAAUUCAAAGAGUCAGUUCUUCCACAGUUUUGUUGCCAUAUAUCUGUUGUGACGCACGGCACAGUUUGGCGUUUUUGUGUGUGAUUGAGUGUGUAUGUGAAUAUCCAUCAUAUUUAAAUAGAUUGGAAUAAUUUCUCCCCUGUUUCAGAUGUAAACCAGUCUGUUUCAGGGUCUUAAAUCAAGGCUCAUUUUCUUGAUACUACCUGACUGAUCUGCCUGAUUCCACCUUGAUCUGAGCCAUUGUCCCCUAUUUCUGGAAAUUUCCUGGAUCAACAGAAAAAUACUGGAAUCAAAUCAGAGUACAAAGACUACAGACCCUUGCCAAGGAAUCAAAUCCUUAAAUUUGCAAUUUCAAUAAUCAAAAAAGUAAGAUUUUUUUCAUCUGCAUCUGGAUCAACGUGUCCCAAAAGUGCAUAUAGCGAUGGACAGAUGUGAGGCACAUGUGGCAGACUGUUUUCCACUUGAACAGGUCCAGUAUUUCAUUAGAAAUAUCAGAAUUAAUCAGGAAUGCCCUCACGCGCAGUGAAAUUCAUAUAAAAAAAAGACUCCUGGAUCCGCAUCAAGAAUACGGCAUUCAUUUUUUAACAUGUGACCUCGGCUUCCCGGCAAAUUCAAUAGAAAUUUCACCAAUAUCUCGCUCACCAAAACUCCUUCAGCAAGAUGAGUUUUACCUUCAUUACUCUGAGUAUGAUUUAAUAAAAUAUGAGAAUAAUUUACUCAGUAACGGGUCAUUUUUGCAGAGCAUUUAUGCUUGUGUGUCAUCGUUUGAGCAGCGCAGAACCAAUAAUAGAGAACAUACUUUUGUAUUGAUCCCAAAACUAGAUUGGACAGAGGGCUGACCCUUUUCUGACACGGUCGCUUUGAUUGAUCCAACAUGUUCCAGUUUUCCAGACAACAGAGUUACACCCGAGCGUGAGCUGAUUGUAGCCAUCUACAUAAGAUGCUCUUUCCAUUGCAUUUGCUUCACAUCAAUAACAUCUGUUGAAAAUGAUGCUGAUUUGGAUAACCUUUUCCAGCGCUUUGUGUUUUACAUGAAGGCAGCUGGCUGGCCGGUCCCGUCCUGAUACAAAUAAGCUCCUCUGGACUGAGGUGACUCUGGAUAUGUGUCUGGACUCUAAUGAAAUCAACAUGUUUUUAUUUUUACUGUCCUUAGCUCCUACUCUUGUUUGUCAGUUUGUUUAUCAGUUUCUAAUUCAAUGAUAUCCAUCCUCAGGGGGCCACAAUUAAGAAGGAUAAAUCCACUGGGGCCAUUGUAGUGGCGAGGAUCAUGAGAGGAGGUGCAGCUUAUAAAAGUGGUGAGUUUAAAACCUCUGUCAUCUUAGUUUGUGUCUUGUCCAUGAAGCUAGGAUGGUAUGUUAAACCUCUGUACUUCCAUCGCUCUGAAGGCCUGAUUCAUGAAGGAGAUGAGCUGAAAGAGUUGAAUGGAGUCUCACUGGAGCACAAAAAGCCUAAAGAAAUCCUUCCUCUACUGGUUAGUAUCUCCUCUCUUUGCUUCACACUUCUUCUUUCUUCUUCACUAAUCCUUACUUGAAGAAUAAACUGGACAUUGUGUUUUUUUUAUGUCAACAAAAAUGAAAAAAAAAACUUAAUCUCAGUCCAUCUGUCAAAAUCAGCAUGGUCUGAAAUGACUCAUCAAACUUAAACCAAAAGAUUCCCUCAGAGAAUCAAAUCAGCAGCUAUAAUUUCUAGAUUUAUUUAUUGCCAACCCCUUUGUUACCUGAGUCAUCAUUGACCAACGCUGGCAUAAAAACACUCUGCACAAAAUGUUUGACUCUGCACUCCAAUGUGCCUUUAAAUCUUAAAACAAGCCAUCACUAUGAAAAGUUCUCAGUCAUACCAGGCACACCCUUAUUAAGAAUGCAUAACUUAGCCCCAACAUUACCAAAAUAAACAAGUUACAAAGAAAAAAUCACCUCCUGACUAUACAGUGGUGAUGUAGUCAAAUCACCAAACCUUUGGUCUCAAGUCUCCAGUGUUCAAAACCAAGUGCAGUCUGAGUCACCGAUAAAGACUCCAAGACAUUAAGUUUAGUAAUACUAACAAAUAAAAGAGAAAGUUGCUGAACAUCUGUAAAUGUUUUAUUAAGUGAUUUUUGUUUUUUUACCAAGUAAAAUAUCAACACAAAAUAAUUUUGGAUGUCCGUACAACCAUUUCAAAUGAUUAGAAAAUAAAUGAAAAGGUUAACACUGUGAUUAAAAUUGUGAAAAGUCAUGUAUAAACUAUCACAUCCCCACAGUUAAGUUACUUUUUGUUAUCCUGUGUUUCCUGUUUUAUUUUGAUACUCCCCUCAGUGUCUCAUUUCAGAUCCUCCACUUCCUGCCCUCCUGUGUUCCCAGUAAUUACCUGCCCCACCCUAAUGUGUUUCACCUGUGUCUGAUUGUCCUCACUCACCUUGAGUAUUAAGUCUCUGUGUUCACCUGCUUCAGUGCCAGUUUGGCUCUUGCUGUUGUGAGUUACAUCCCAGCCUUUUUUCCGCCUUUGAUAGAGAUUUUGCCUUCUUUUUGGACUUUUGUGAGCCUUCUGAUUUUUACCUUUGCCUGAUUUUUGAGUAAAGCCUUUUUGAACAUUUCCCCUGGUGCCAGAGUCAUGCAUUUUUGUCCUUUAUUUGUGCCCAGUAUGAGAAAAACACAUUAUUUCAUGCACAUUUGAAUAAAAUAUUCAUGGUUGUCUUAGCAAGGAAUGUGAUUGAAGUAUUUUCUUUUUGCUAAAUUUAGAGAACAUAAUGGUGAAAUCAAGCCCAUGAGGUGAGCUGACUCUACUUUUCAGUCCAGGAAGUUGCCAACUGGGCUACGGCAGAGAGGCACUAUAGUAAUGUUAGGGUAUAAAUAGUAAGAAUGAAACAGUGAGCUAAAAUUACAAUAAAUAAAAAGAAGAUGCAGACCUAUUUAAAUCCAUCGAACCCUUCAGAUUUAUUCUGCUGAGAUUAAUUUUUGUUUUGUCAGAACCAAAACAAGCUAGACCCUUCAUGAUUUAAAUUAAAUUAUGUCUCUGCUGAAUGUAGCUUUUUAUUUACACUACAUAGCCAGAGAGGUGUUCCUCUUCAUCAACAUAUUUGCUCGUAAGAAAGUGUAAAGCAAGAAUAAAUCUGAAAACUUUUAAUGAUUUAUCAUGUCAUUCCUUUGCAGGCUUGUUCUGAAGGGGAGGUGAAGUUCAAAAUCAUACCUGCCGCCUCCAAGGAAAAAUUGUCACCAAAAAAGAGGAAGGUACCGUAAAUAUCAACUGCACACACCGCUCGCUUUGUUGAAUUUAUGUGAUCAUGCAGUGCCAUUGCAUGUGGAGGCCUGCCCACAUGGCUUCAGUAAAAAGAGAUGAAAUCAGCGGUAUCUUGUGUGUUUGGUUAGAUGUUGUAUUUUUGCCACAAUGCUGUCGUUAAAGCAGGAUGAUGUCAAGAAGUAAAUUAAAAUCAGAUAGUAUGAGAAAACACAAACAGAACAAUUUGAAUCAUUUAAAGCAGAAAAUAUAUGAUUGUACUUAUACAGAGAUCCAGUGAUUCAAGUUUGAAAAAUAAUCUCUUCACCUGAUGUGGAAACAUCAAGGUCCCAAAAUCCUCUUUGUUUGGGACUUAAAGACACGACCAUGAUGUACAUGACGUGAAUGUCCAAGAUGUUGGAAACAGUUUGUGCUGGGAGCUUCAGUAAAUGAUCAUGACAAAUUAUCUCUUUCAUCAUGGUCAUCUCUCAAUAAUGACAUUAACAUAUGGGGAAAUGUACUGGACAGAGACUCUGUGUCCAUCACCAGGAUACAGACCAAGUUCAGAAAGCAGCAUUAAAGAAGGAAGACUGAAUUAAUGGAUGGAUGUUUGAAGGCAGAAAUAUCAAACAGUUUCCUGUCCUCAGCUGUUUUUGCGAGCUCUGUUUGACUACGACCCGAGCGAGGAUCCUGCAGUCCCCUGUAAGGAUGCAGCGGUGCCUUUCAAAGGAGGGGACAUCCUCCAGAUAGUCAGCAUGGAGGACGAUACCUGGUGGCAGGCCUGUCACCUUGGGGACAACAGCAGCCGAGCAGGACUCAUCCCCUCCAAACAGCUCCAGGAAAGGUAGUGCCAUAUCAUAUCUCUGGUACCUUUUAUUUGAAUCCUGUUUUGCUUUAAUCUUGUUUUAUUUUUCUUGCUGCAGGAGAGUCGCACUGCAGCGGCCUAAAGCUCUCUUCAAACCCCGACGAGCCAAACCACCAGGUGAUGAGCAAACCAGUAAAAAAACAGCCCACCUGAAAAGAAUAAAACCUUUUAACACUUGCCAAUAAACACAUUUGAGGUCCCUUAGUGCUGAACUGAGAGGUGACAGGUCAUGUCUGAAGCUCGCGGUCUGCAGCCCUGCUGUUGUACUCACUGAUGUUGUUUUCUCCACAUGCUGCACAGAUGAGCGGGAAGGUACUGUUUGUGUGUGUGCGAGUGUGCUCUGGAAAACUUACCAUCUACAUUAUUCAAAUGAUAAGAAACACAUGGAUGUUUAAAGUUUGGUGUUUGUAAAGAUUUAAGGAGGUGUCAUAUCCAGAAAUAAUGAUGAUGUAUUUCCUGAAGGGCUUCACAUUUCAAAAACUGAGAGGAUCCUGUUAAAUGUUCCCUUUCUUGUGUCCAAGCAGAAUUGGCCCUCUGCUGUCUGCUGGUUUUUUGCUAACAAUCCCUUUUUCAGAGUACGGUUGUUAUUAUUAUCAAAAAAUAUGUGUAUCAUAUUUAAAUAAAACUAUUAUUAAGAUUUAAUAAGCAGAUUUUUUUGGGGGAAAUGCAAACGUGGUAUACACUAUGGUUUAGUUUCUCUACUUGUUUUCUCUUCUUUUUUUCCAGUCAUGGAGGAUGUAGACUACAGAGCUAUUACAGGGAUUCACAUUGGUGAGAUGUUUAUUAUUAUUAUUCUAUUAUUAUUAUUAUUAGCACUGAUACAAGGAAAGACAUCAUUUCAGGCAAAAGACAGUGACACUCCAAGUAAUCUUACAUUACAGCACAAAACACAGCUACAGUACACUGUAAAAAUACAGUAUCUUUGAAACCUAAAUGGAGCCAAAACAGCUAAAAAAAAAAGACACUGUAGUUAUAUUUACUGUCAGAACCAGUUUUUCUGAUGAUGUAGUUUUGCGGUCUGGAGAUUUUUGGGACAGGACUGGAACAGUAAAUGUGGUUUUAGCCUUCCCAUUUAUUCUAUUUGUCUUGAUCUCACGGAUUGGAUAUGAUGUAUGUACUGUAUGUUGAGCAGUGCAGGAUGUUCACAUGAGGGCGUGUACUUAAGGCUGAUUGUAGAAAGGCUCUUUUUUGUCUGUACAAGACAACGUAAUUGCAAAUGUUGCGUUAUAUCGUUUCAAGGUCAUGUGCUUUUAAUUUCCUUUCAUCUGAGGCCAGUUUCCACCUGAGGAUGUGGUUCAGACUCUGUGUUUCCUCUUUGUCUGACAUUUAAAACUUUGCUGAUGUUGUAGCUUACAACAGUGCAACUUCAUGUGCACUUCUCAGUCAGAAAGGGAGGGGGGGUUUAAAUGUAGAGUAGGUUGACAAAAAAAAGGCAAGGUGAAAAUCUGUGUUGAUAAGUGAAAUCUCAAUCUCCUGUCCUCUAUGUGAAUAUGAAGCUUGUACCAGGGGAUAUACACAGGGGAUAUACACAUCUUCUUUAGGGCCAGAUUCAAUAUUUCUAAGUAUUGAUUAUCUAGACUUGGUAAAUAGAGAGCCAACUUCCUGUUAAAGGUCAAACUAGCUAGUUUCCUUAUUCUAAUCUAGUUUCACUGUUGUAUUUAUUCAAAACUAAAAAACUGUGUCUUUGUUCUCGAGUCUCAUCUUAAAAAACUUGAUUUGAUGAGUCAUGUUGGCAGACUGUAGCAGCAGACCAGCAGACGUUAGCCUGCAAUUAACACCCAUCGUAACCAAACUAAUAAAUGACUGUUUGAAAUGAAGCCAAAACCAGCAGUCUGCUGGCUUCAUUUAGCAUAAAACCGUCUUUUCGGGGAAAACAUUUAACCCUCUUUAACCUAAUUUAACAAGUUAAUCUUUCUUCACUGUUGAUCCCCAGACAUUUUGGUAUCUUUUGUUGAGUCACGCUUGCUGUUUUUGUCUGCUUUUAUGUCUGUUGCUUAAGUCGAGUUAAAUCAAUCGGCUGUAGCUUUCAGACAGUAAAACUCUGCUGUCUUCUGAAUUUAUAUUUGGAUUAAUCAGGCUGUAUGAAAAAUGUCUAUAUAGACCGCAGUUUGAUAUUAAAAAUCACCUUUUCCCCCUAAUAUCUAAAACACAUUAUGAUAAAUCACAGUAGACUUUUCUAAAUUCUUAAAUGUAAGAAACAGCUUCUCUCCUAGCUUUUAUGCUAUUAGAGCCAAGAUGAUAAUUGACACACAAGGUAAGGCAAGUUUAUUUGUAUAGCACCAUUCAUACACAAGGCAAUUCAAAGUGCUUUACAGAUGCAAGGAAAUACAUAAAAAAACAUUUUAAAAGGAGAGAUUAAAACAAUUUAAAAUCAGAAAGGCAUAAAAAGAUGUAAAUUCAAAAAGACAAAACAGUUUCAAAUCACUAUACGUUUGGGCCUGCCAGGUCUGCGUGGUGGCUUCCCCCACCACCUGACCCAACUCACCACCAGGUAGUGAUCAGUUGACAGCUCUGCAUCUCUCUUCACCCGAGUGUCCAAAACACACGGAGUUGGAAAAAGGUAGAUUGCCUUCUCCAGGUCGGCGGGGUGGUCCUGCCUCAAGUGGAGGAGUUCAAGUAUCUUGGGAUCUUGUUCACGAGUGAGGGUAGAUUUGACAGGUGGAUCAGAGCGCCGUCAGCAGUGAUGCGGACGCUUAACCGAACAGUCGUGGUGAAGAAAGAGCUGAGCCAUAAGGCGAGACUCUCGAUUUACGGGUCGAUCUACGUGCCGACUCUGAUCUAUGGCCAUGAACUGUGGGUAAUGACAGAAAGAACAAGAUCGCAGAUACAAGUGGCCGAAAUGAGUUUCCUUCACAGGGUGGCCGGGCUCAGCCUUAGAGACAGGGUAAGGAGCUCGGACACUCAGGAGGCGCUCAGAGUAGAACCGCUGCUCCUCCACGUCGAGGAGUCAGCUGAGGUGGCUCGGGCAUCUGGUUACGAUGCCUUCUGGAGGCCUCCCGUUAGAGGUGUUCCAGACAUGUCCCACCAGGAGGAGGCCUCGUGGCCAGCCCAGGACCAGGUGGAGGGAUUAUAUCUCUCGCCUGGCCUGGGAGCACCUUGGAAUCCCCCUGGAGGAGCUGGUGGAGGUGGCUGGGGUGAAGGCCGUCUGGGCUUCCCUCCUGAAGCUGCUGCCCCCGCAACCCGGAUGAAGCGGAAGAAAAUGACGAGGAGUUUAAAAUCAAAAAGACAUAAAAUGAUUUAAAAUCAAUAAUACAAACAGAUAUUUUUUUUUCAUCUGCUCCAUGUUUGCCUUGAGAACCAUGAAAACCAUUGUUUCCCAGAAAAACGAAAUAAGUCACAAGAUUUCAGACUCAGGGCUCCCCAAAAGGAUAAUUAGUUUUCUCUUUGUCUAUCUCAGACGGUGUUAGUUUUCUCUUAUGAGAUUGAACACUGGAGAGUCAUGAUUUGCUGGACACUCCAACAAGCUUACCAUCCUAUUGUUUGAGCCUUUAGCAACUAUGAUGGAUGUUUUUUAAGUAGGAGGCUUGUGUUUGAAGAUAUGUACGUCUUAGAUAUUCUAACUUUAUUCAACUAAAGUUGGGGUGGAACCAUUCCUUCUUUUUUCUAAACUUUUUGUCAAACUUACAUUUUGAUGAUGAGACUGAAUUAUUUUAGUAAAUGCCGUAAGAAGUCUUAGUGAAUCCAUGGUGGAUAUUUUUACUGGCAACUGAUUGUUGAGGUUCAUAUCUCACAAUCUUGACAUGAAGGGUGCAGGCCCAUUUUAUGCUGCAUGUUAUUGCUCUCUUCUCAGUCUUAUCUUUUAUCUAACCCUUACUUCAUAGAGUCCUGUAGGACGUCACUCUCAUGUAGCGUUACCAAAAGGAGCUAGUUCCAUGGAUGAGAGCAUGGUGAGAGGAAAGCCCCUCACUGCCAGAGUCACUCAAGUUUGACAGUGUUUUCCUCCAGACCUCAUUUGAUGCUCAGACAGAAGGUUUUUCAUCAAACCAGUUCCCUUUUACAUUCUGAGUCAAACCAUCUCCUCAUUUAAAAGCUUUUUUAUCUCCUCUAAUGCUGCCAUGUUUCUCUGAAUGAGCCUGUGGAGGAAACAGACAGAUACGCUUACAAAGUGAAAUUGCAGCUGACGUCAAAGAAAGCCUGGCACCGAAACUUAACAGCAGUUAACAUCAUAAAAGGGAGUGAGACUGCCAGUCCAGGCCAGACCACAGUCAGACGGCCUACAAGUGUUGCAUGACAGACUGAAUUGUCAUUUUCUGACUGAGUUUUGAGUUGCAGUAGAGAUUUACACCAGGGUUUGGGUGUUGAUAGCUUUUCUCAGUGUUUGUUAUUGUCCUCGUCUGGUCCCUCUAAGCUUUUUCUUCUAGCAUCUACAGUGAAUUCGCCCAGUGAAGGGAUGUUUAUUAGACGAUGAAUCAUGGAAGUUAAUGAGCUCUUGAGUAAUUUCACCCUUACUAACAUUUAAAGGUAUGAAAGUUAUCCCCAAAUCAUACAGUACUUACAGGAAAAUUGGCCAAGGAAGUCAUUAUGAUGGAUAAAUAUAACUAUUUCAAACUCAUAAACUGGAGGAGACUGAAAACAGAGGAGAGAGAAGAAGUUGGGGAAUAGUUUUAUUUUCACCCAGUUGCAGAAUUGUUAAAAGAAAUUGCAAACUCUAUAUCAGCUAGAUAUAAAAUGGCAGGGGAUGGAAGGACCUCUUAAACCAGGACCAUGUCAGGACCAAUCCAAAAUGUCCAGAACAAGAUAAAACCAGGACUUUCAGAGUUUGAAACUGGACCAACACCAGACCAGACCAGUAUUUGAAAAUAAAAGAGUUAGUCACAUCUAAAGCAAAACUUUUGCCUUCAGUCAACCCAACCUUCCCUAAACUGAAGGUGUCAGAAGUGUUUUGGUUUCCAUUUUUAGCUUGAGGAGCGUCUUCCAAAGCGGUUUGACAGGAAUCUGUAUUGGCUCUACACAUGGAGACAGUCUGGUGAAAAGCAAAGAAGGCUCUGAUAUGAUCCAGGUUCCUAUUUGAGUCACCCUGACAAUGAUUUAGGAUUAAGAAAACAGCUACAAACAGAUCUGUAGCUCGUGGGACUAAUAAAGGAAUAUCUGAUUUUGUCUUAUCUGUGUAAAAUUGCAGCUCAACUCAGCUCCAGUCUCACCAAUUCCAUACCCCAGUCAGACUUUGAAACUCAGUGCAUGGAGAUAUCAUGUUUGUUACGGCCUUCAGAAUUAUACUAUAGAUUAAAAACCAGAAGCCAAAAGACCCAGAAAAGACACUACAUCAGAAUUUAAACUUUUAACCCAGAAGCUUUCUAAAAAUGAUUAUAUAACCCAAAAAUGCUCAAAUCUAGGAAACAAAACCGCAGAAACAAAAGCGUCUAGAGAUCCGGCCAAAAGGAACAAAAGAUGGGAAGGUGCUGGGCCAGCUACGCAAUGGACCUUUGCUUCCAGCACCUCCCUUAAAGAAGGAACAAAACUAAGAAAAUAAAGCACCAACAACUUGAAAGUCCAUGGUUUUCAGUCUCCUUUUUGUUGUUGUGUCUCCUUCUUUUAGAGGAAUUUGGGGGUUUUAUUUAUCCCUGUAAAGCUUGUGGGUUUGAACCUCAAGUCUUUGUGUGGGAUACCAUUUCAUGUUUCAAUCUCGCCUUUUAAGCCAUGGUUUUUGUGAAGAAGGAUGUGAUAUCUGACGUAUUACACAGGCUACAUUUGAAGUCCUAAAAGUCGGCCUGUGCUCUGUAGACUCAAUUAUCAUUUGACUAAAGUCAGUCAGUUUCCAGAUUGCAAAAGAGUGCUGUAGAUCAGACAGUGUAGAGUUAACACAGUGAUAUUUCUGUAGUUGUAGUCUUUAAUGGUCUAUAAAUAAAAUGUUUGGUCCUCUUUGUUCAAGUGUGAGUUAAACGGGUUUGAGACACGCAGCUUUGAGUUUUAUAAAGUAGGCUUAAAACUAAACAUGAGACUUUUAUACUGCAACGAUUCCUCAUAGGCUGGUGAUGGAUCUGAUGCUGUCACUCUGCAUCCAUGCUGCUAAACAGAGGAUACUCUUCUGUAAGCCUGUCAGUAAUACUAAUAGAAGAGGACACUCUGUUCGAUUUUCAGAUCUGAGGUUAUACUCUCUUUUUUCCAGCUGGAUUAAGAAGAAGUUUCUGUCUGGGGAGAAGGAGCAGCUGGGCCAGAGAAGUAGCUCGGUCCAGAAGGUGGAGCGCAGGUGUGCACAGCACAUUUACUGCCCCCACCUACAUUGAGGUGAUCCCCUACUACAGAGACCCCUCAGACAAACACCGACUGGUCAUUUUGGUUGGUACGUAUAACCUACCCUCUCUACUCUCUCUGUCUGUUCUUGUUUGUGUGUGGGCGUGUAAAUCAUUUGUUUCUCAUCUAUUUCCUCUGAUUGUACGAUUAGCUCAGUUUGUUCUGGCUGGAAUGGAAAGCUCUAUUUUCUGUUUUGCCAAUAUCAGCAAAUUCAGCAUUGAUCAGUGAGAACAGAUAAUUAUUGGUGGGGAUUUAAACUGUACACUAGAUUUAACUGUGGCUAGGAGAUGAACCACACCCACAGACUUCUCACACUGACUGAGCACAGUCAUCUCACACUUCAAUCCACUGGAUACACCCAGAAUGAAACAUCCACAGUCCAGAUAGUCCACAUUGGUAAAGGUGAGAAACACAGAAGUGUAUCUACAGAACUCUUAGCUUCAAUCCUACUAGCAUUUGAACAGCACACUUCUGCAGGGCUGAACUUUUUGUUAUUGUUUCGAAUGUUUUUGUCGCUAUUGGCACCACACCACAGGCCUGUGUGUAUGUUCCUCACUUUUGAAGUCAUUUCAUUUGGGCAUUUUAUUUUAGAGAAAGGGGUUGAAGGAAAAGAAAGGCAAGGAGAAAAAAACUCCUCACUGCAUUGUAGCUUCCCUGCACUCUAUCACCUCCUACUUGAGUGUUGAUAGCUCUCAGGUGUGCAGCAGUCAGAAGGAAUAGAGUGAAAGAGAGAGAAAGAGAGAGAGAGAGAGAGAGAGAGAGAGAGAGAGAGAGAGAGAGAGAGAGAGAGAGAGAGAGAGAGAGAGAGACUGCAUAUGGAAACGCAGCAGCUUUUGCAACAGAUAGUAGGGGAGACCGGGGCUUGUUGUCACACUUUUUACACUCUUAUAUAUUUCUUGGAAUCAAUACUUCAUAUAUAAACAAAAUGUGUACCAGAUGAAAGAUCAAAGUCUCAGGUAUAUAUUCCGUAUUCAUGUUAUUUUCAUAUCUCGUCUCAGUGCAGAGUUAUUAGCAAUCAAAUAGUGUGAACAUGUGACAUGUUGUCCCGCUAUCAGGUAAGUUGUCUCACUAUAUGGGGUAAAAUGUCACAGUGGAUUUAGCAGCUAAUAAAACAAGAACAAAAUUAUUGUUGUUCUCAUUUUUUUACAUGUAAGUGAACAUCAAAGUCAGGCACAGAAAAUGUUUCUCAUUGAGCUAGAAAAAGUCAUUGAACAAACGUUAACAUAAAAUAUCAUGCAACACGCUCUGGAGUUUGGAGAGCUGUCUGACUCUGUAUUUCGGCUGGGGUGAAUGUUUUGCAGUACUGAGCCAAGGUAUGGUAGUUGACAUUAAAGUCCUUUAUUGUCCUCCAGACUGAUUUAUUAGCUCGGAUCACCUGCCUGACUGCCCUCAGCAUCACGUCAGGUACUGCACUGUCACGUUCUGUUUUUCUUUUGAAAUUCCUGAACAUGUCUUCUCGCUUUCUCCUCUCCUUUAAACCACUUUUUUUUCUGUAAUGAUGAAGUCAAAAUUUCAAUAGGACAACCGCUGAUAAGCAGACUCUCUAUGUUAAUUUUAAUCCCUUUUAAACAUGUAACAACUAACCUCAAAAUGACUGAGACAUGUUGCCCCAAACAACCAUGUCUGCUAAUUCUAGCUCUAGCUUAAAGUUAGCUUAAAACUGAACAAUGACUGAGGUAUGACAGGAUGCCUUAAUCUGUCCACUGACAAGUCCACAUGUUUCACUGCUAGGAUUUUUAACUGGAAGAAGCUUAUUUUAAAAUAUAUAAAGUUUAUUUAUUUUUUUAACUUUGGGUUGUGCGAAAUGGUUAACUGGCGCUCAUCUCAGCUCACAAUGUGCUCUUCUCUUCUCAGACAGGACACAACCCCUGACCAUAUAAAGGAAGAAAACUAGUAUUCCACUUUUUAGUUGUGCCCUCUGGUGGCAAAGAUAAUUGCAAUGUGACAACUUACCCAUGUGACAACAAGCCCCGGUCUCCCCUACAAUACAAUCAUGCUUCUUUGGAUAAAAAACUAACUUGACACUUACAACAGUUACAUGAGUCAUACUUAUAUGAGUUGCUGAGUUGCCUUCCUCCCCCCAGAUAAAUACUUUGGUGUCGGAAUGAGUCGCUAGAACUGGUUUCACUGGUAAAUUUAAAGGCAUUGUUGAAGAAUUUGGAAGCAGACACACAUCUGGCUGAAAGUGUUCUGCUUGAUGUAAAAAUGCCCUUGGUAGACUGGACAAAGAAAUGUCGACUUACUGUGUUAUGUCAUAUUUCAUCGUGUUAUAGAAAUUAGUUGAGACAUUAACUCACUUUAUGUUUGUAUGUACGGCUGCUCUGUGUCGAUCAGAAACUUUGUGAACUGUAGCAGCAUUUAGUCUCGGUGCAUUUUUUCUCCAGGUUAAAUCAAUAAAAAGUUUCAAGUAAGAACAUGUAUAGGUGACUCCUGAGUUGCUGCAUGGGGGUGGCCCCUGAUUUUUACCUUUGUUAUACUGUAACGCUGAAAUCAAGUUAUUGCUAAGUCCAACAUAAUCAUCAACGAUGGCCAAUGAUAUGGAUAAAACAUAUCUGAACAUUAUUAUAAAUGGAUAUCAGCAUGUAUGGACACUAAUUGUGUUUGGCAGUCCAGUUUAUGACGUAGCAUGUUGCUCAGUCCUUGCCUUGCCUUGACCUAAUUUGACUGAUAGGAUUGUACUUGUGUUAUAGUUUUCCUUAAAUACUAGGAAAAUAUCAGUCUUGUGAUUUUUUUGGCCUUGAUAACCAUGACAUGAAAAUAUUAUAUUAUGACAGCCAUGGUACGAGUCAUACUUUUAAAAAAAAGUCCCUAUUUUGUGUGGAAACUUUGGUGUUACAGCGCAACCCCAGAGGCAUAAAGCCAGUUCCUUUGCUGUCAGCUGGUCUGAUCUACGACUCUGCUGUGUAAAAACCUUCAAAUGUGUCAUGGUGCUAUGCUCAGGAUUGCAUGUUCUGGUCUGUUGUUGUGUUCUGUUUUAUGUUAUCGCACUGCUGUCCUUUGUCUACUUAUUAAAUUUGAAUAACACAAUCCCAGUCACAUAAAGGACAACAUUAUUGAAGCUGCUGCUGAUCAAAAGAAGAAAUAAUGCAUUGAUGAAGAUUUAUGUCUCAACUCUUAAGGUUCAAACACAAUCAUUUACCAUCAGAAGCACGUAAACUCAGAGUCAGAAUAUAUUGUUUUCUCUUAAGUUGCUAUGUGGCCCACCCUAGAUUCAAUUCUCUGCCAGACCUGCAGGUCUGCUUUAUGUAUUUCUGAGUGUUAUCUCUCCCGAGGGAAUGCUACAUUGAGUCUUUUCAAUGUCAGAUUAUGAUUCGGCAGUAGAUCAUCUGUGAGUCGUGACUGUGAGAAAUUGACAAAGAAGACAGACGACAAGGGAAGAGACCACUGAACUACGGCUGGGCGAUAAACCGAAAAAACAAUAACCAACGUCAUUUUGCCCAUAUCCGUAUAUUUGGUGUCAAAAAAAUAAAUAAAAACAAGUUGGUUUUGGGCCAACAGCGAGCAGCGAGCAGCACGCCUGCUAAACGAGUGCAAGUCGUCGUUCUUUUACAUCGCAGAAAAGUGGAGAGAUUCAGAGAGAGAAUCGGCUGAAAUUAAAUCCUUCUGGCAGGAAAGUUUAUACACAUGUAUUAAUGUAAAGGCACUAUAAUGCACUGUUUUAUCUUAGCCUCAGUGAACGAACCGGUGUUCAGCAGUAAGUGAACGACGCUACACCCCUCCCUCCUCUGCCUGCAUCAAGUCAUUCGAAAGUCGUUCGUUUCGUUCACCAUGCCGUUCACAGACUGACAGGAUCAUUCCGUUCACUUACUUCACCUGCAUGCCUACCCGCCCACUCGCUGGCUGGAUGGCUGUGUGUCGUUCGCCAAAGAGUCAAAGGCAGCAGUUCCACUCCCAACCGGCAUGCCAGGCUCAGAGCUGAGCUCAACUGAACAGAAAAAGGAACGAACCAGGUCUCGGAGUGAUUCAGUUCACGUUGUUCACUCAGCAGUUCCGUACUUUUGAACGAAACAUUCAUGAAUGACACAUCACUAGUUAUCAUCCAUUUAUCGUUAUUUAGGUGAACUGCUCAAUAUAUCAAGAUAUUGAUUUGAGGCCAUAUCACCCAGCCCUACUCCUGAAAGUAGAAGGUGCAUCAGAGAGAAACUCAUUGAACUGAAAAGGUGCAUAACAAGGCCAGAUAGUGAGGAGAUGAAUGAUAGAGUGAAAGAGACGAGUGGACUGUGAUCCAUUGUAAUGUCAGCCAAGUUCUCCAUCAUCAAACUGGAACUGUAAAGACAGCUUGGAUUUAUAUUUAAGCCUCAUUAAUUGAGUUUGAGCCCACCUUGACUGUGGGUUACCUUUAACUGUCUGCUGCUAUGGCUCUUCCCUGACCAAAGUUCAUCAUUAAGAAUAUACAGUAUAGCUUAUUGGCAAAGAAGGCUAGAGACAGGAAAACUCAAAUGUUAAUGGCUAAAGCAGAACCAGCUGGAUAAUGUUUGACCAGGUUGGGAAUAUACUGUAGCCUUUUUUUCGUUUUAACUGCAAGAAACAAAAAGGCCGUUAUGUCCCAGAAAAGCCGGUGUCAGUGACUGCCAGCUUCUGUAAGCCGUGCAGUUUUUGUAGCUUUUGAAUUUAUAAAGGUCAGAAGAAAGUAUCCAAAAAACCUGAUGAUGCUCCUCUCCGGUUCUGAGGAGCAGCUGUGGAAAACAUCAGCAGUGUAAGAGCGGGGAGCCUAUAAACCUGAUAUUUUGUAAUGUAUCGAGCUCAUGCAGCGCUGUGAUGGAAAAGGCAGGUAUGUCAGGAAUCCUCCUUUCAGACGGCGCUCCAUUAGAGUCUGAUGCAAUCUCACGGUGCAGAAAGCUGCUGUAGAAGAAUAUCCCAGAUGCUUCAGUCUGCAUGUGUGUGUGUGUGUGUUGUUGCUCCAUCCUGUGCAUCCUACUCUAUAAUGACACUGAUACUGUGUGGCUUUGCAGAUGUCACAUUUCGAUGUGAUGUUAUAGAUUUUCCAGAGGAUAUAGGAGUAUUUUACGUCCACUGAGGUGAAUGAGGGAAUCAUUUUUAAGCUGAAAUCAUGAUGAAAUCAGAGCUCUGUCUGUCUGUCUGACUUCUCCUCCUCUUCUCCUCUGAUGAUAAAGACAGAUGUGUCACCAGGUCACUAAGUCUAUUUGAUGUUAGAGUAAAACCUCACUGAUUUUAAUCUUUGUCUCCAGGGCCCAGCGGCGUUGGCGUAACUGAACUGAAGAGGAGGCUGCUAAUAUCCGACCCUGACCGCUAUGGCGUCACCGUGCCAUGUAAGACGGACAUCUAAAACCGCCACCUUUACCUCCUGCACCCAGUAAUGAUUUCUCAUCUUUUGAAGCCGUAUCGGCCUCCUGUCUUUUUCUCUUUCAGACACCACACGGGAAAAGAAAAGGAAUGAAAGCGAAGGGGUGGAUUAUCACUUCGUCUCAGUUCACAUGUUUGAAGAGGACAUCCUCAAUCAGAGGUCGUGUUUCUUGAAGUUUCCAUUCCCAGGAUGUUUAAAAUAGUCCCACUGGUGUUUUGCACACCCCCUCUUCCUUUCUAUUCUCCUUUUUAUGAGAGUAUUACUCUUUAUUUCUCCAUCCUGAGUGUCAUUUUAUGUUAUCUUUCCUGUCUGUUUCUUUGUCUUUCUGCCUCCAGAUUCAUAGAGUUUGGGAGACAUGGAGGACACUACUAUGGAACUGGUCUGGACUCUGUGAAAAGAGUGAUUGCUGAGGGCAAGGUGUGCCUCUUGGAUGUACAUCCCAGUGUAUGUAUCACUCCAUUAAAGAAGAUAAUUAGAUUCAUUUUGUGUGGCUGACUAAUUCUGAAUGAGUUUCCAAUUUUUAAGCCAAAGUCAUUUGUGUGUUCCUGGUAAAUCACUUAAACUGGUGCUUCAAACUACACUUAAAAAGGUCAUUGUGAAACUUAAUCGCUUUUAUCGGGUGACUUGUGAAUGUUUAAAUAAUAAAAAUCAGGUUUCCGAGAGCCUGUGUGUCACCACUGCAGUGUUAAGUUCCAGGCAGCAGUGUUUUCACUUGGCCAGGCACUGAAUUGGACACUGAAUUGGCAGAGUGUGUGCGUGGUGGGAAGCCAAUGAAGGAUCUCAUGCUACUGGUUUGUUCAAGUGCCUGAGCAGGGAUGAAUAGCAUGGACCUCCGAUGUGUUACGCUCUUGAAUAUAGUCCGUGACUUCAAGUUAAACUGGUGACUUCGUGGCUCUGUUGAGACUGUUGCAAACCUUAGACUUCAGUGGUAGCAUCAGGAAAGACGCCCUUCACGGUUACUUGCAUAAGUUUCUAAUGUAAAGAUGUAGAUCUCAGUUAUGAUAAUUUCCCAGUUUGGGAUCAAUAGAGUAUAUAUAUCUAUCUAUCUAUCUAUAAAGGCUCCUCGGUUUCCAACAAACCGAAAACCUCUGUUUUACCCUUAAGCAGUCUUGUUGUUUGGUCAUGGCGACUUCCUGCUUCGGUGGCAGCAGUAUCAUAAGCAUCAAUUGUAUUUAAAGAUGGGUCUUUUUUUGCUGUUCAAAAGUGAAGCCAAACAUCCCGAUAAUAGAUGCUGUCAUCUCACACUGGAAGAGCUAAGUCUGUGGUAGAUGCUUUCACCAGGAUUAAUGAUGCGUUCCAGUUGUACGCAGAAGUCGGAAUGUCCGAGCUCUGAGUUGGAACUUUCAACUGGAACGAACCCUGAGGUUCGAUUUCCAACUUGGAAAGUCAGACAAUCCACAGUAAAGUGGAUUGUAAAGGCGAUUGUAAAUAGUAAGUAGAAGCUCCUGUAAUAACCCGUUUAUUAACACUUUAUACUGUUUGUUGUCACAAUAAGUCAGCUGUAUACAAUAGUAUUGAUAGAUGUGUAUAUAUGGAAAUGGUGUCAUAGUGUAACUGACAUUUUUCAUAUGUAUAUGCAAACUACAAAGCACGCCGUGCUGACAACGGCUAACCGUAGCCUGGUAGUUUCAGUAUGUGUUUUUGGCUGUUGGCUACUUUUUUACAACUUCGUAACUGAAACGCUGAUAACUCAGGUGUGACGUCAUUCCCAGCUUCAACUUCCGUCUUCCGAGGUAAAUGGAACACACCAUAAUCCCACAUUAAUGCAAACCAUCAGGUCUCUACCGUUUUGUAUAAACAGGGAAAAUCUGAGUGAAAAGAUAACAUUAAUGUUGGUCUGGUUCCAAACUUUACAGUCCAACAAGUGAAUAGGGGGAGUACAGGCACUUAACCUGGUCUGCUUAAAUCAUUAAACUUAUUGAUAAAAGGUCCCCAAGAGUGGGUCAAGUCUGAGGGAACACAGAUUUAUUUUGUGGUAGUGGGGGGCUUUUCAGUGCUUUUGUUGAUUAAGUUGGAAACAGGGAAGAAACGUGAAGUUGAGGGCCAAAGGCUGGGAUUAAAGCCAGGCAGCUGUUUCGUGGACUGUCGCCUUUGUACAUAGUGUGCAUGAUUUACCUGCCAAGCUAAACCGGCAUCCCAGCAGGAGAGAUCCCUGAGUGGGUUUGAAGCAGACACUCACGGUGAUGAUAACUUCAAAAACUGUAGUGUUAGUGGUCUCUACAUUUCCUCUCAUUGUUCCUCCUCUGCCCUGCUCCUGCAUGUGCUGAACUAAAGCUCCUAAGAAGAGGGAACACACAGGCAUAAAUCAACAUAAUAAGAAUGAACCAUAACAGAAACCAUGUUUGAGGAAAUCAAUGUUUAUUUUGAUUUUAUAGCUUGACCCAUGUCCCAUCUGUUGACAUGGAGGAAAUGGGCUUUGUGACCUUUACGGAGCUCCAAAUGUUUUGGUGUCACUUUUGGGGAGCUGUCAUGUUGUUCAUCUUUUUGUACAGAGGCAACUGUCAAACUGUCAAAAUCAUCCUGGACAUGCUUGUCAAACACAUUAAAAUGUGACCUGGAUCUGAUUGGUGAAAACCAUUUCAUGUGGUUUUACACUGUUCAGACUUACAGGUGUGGUAUUAUGUUUUUUUUCCACAUUUACAGCAAUUCAAAUUUACAAUGUUUGGCGUCUGUACUAAAUGUAUGUAUGUAGCUCCAAAGUAAACGUAUGUUGUCGUAAUCCUAGAAAAUAGAUGUAAACUGCUCAAAAUGGGACCUUUAAGAACAUUUAAUGCUCACUGAAGUAAUUUUGUGGUCACAAAAGGCUCUCCUUUAUUUGCUCAUCUUACUCCUUACUCCUUAUUGCCUCCACCAGCAAGUGAGGUGACACCCACACCAGAGCAGCGUAAUGCUACUUUAACUGCCGCUGAAACAAAGCAUUACAGCCAGAGGCUGAAUUAUUGUGUUUUAAUACAUUACUGUGAGAAAUUUGAGGCUUUUUUUUAUCAUAUAAAGCUAUUAAAGAGGUAUCAGAAAGGAGGUUUAAAGUCUGGAAAAAAUGCAUAGUACCUCCUCUUUAAUAAAAUUAUUGGACUAAAACUGGUUUAUGCAAAAAAAAAAAAAUUCUGCCCAGCAGUCCAAAACCUUCUCAUGUGUGCGAACAGAGGCACAGAGUGUUCUUUGCCUUCACCUGGUUAUUAGCAGGAAUUCAUAGAAGUCCAAUAUUAGGGGGACAAGAGGAUAAAAAGAAAAUUAAAGCAGAAUAGAAAAACAUUUCUGUGGUGAGUCUCCUAAUCUGAUGUGCAUCACUAGCUUCAUGUUAUUAGACAGCAUGAAAAGUAAUCUCUCAUGAUUCAAAGUAUGAAAGCUCUUAAAUCAGUUUAACCAAUCUUCUACAUUCCUUUCGAUGAUUUUAAACUUAUUUAACUGUGAAUUCUAACCAAGUAAUCUGAUUGGACAAGAAACAUUUCAUGAGUGCUGGUGUAAUAGCACAGGGACUUUUCACCAUGUGUAUCACUCCACAUGCAGGGAUUGUGUGUGUAGUUGCAAACAUUACAGCAGAGGGUCUGAUCAAAGAAGACCUAUAACCUUUCAUCAUGUCAGAUAUAUAGAUGUCAGAUACAUAUCAGAUAGAGUAGCUUUGCAUGAUUAGCCGCUCAAAGGACUCCUUACAAACCGUGAACUGGUGUCCAUGAAAAUCUUAAUUUUUGCAUUUGCCUGAAACACUUUGUUUUGGCUUUGUUUUGAUAUAGAUACACACAACUUGCGGAUGCUACUUUUCACACAGUGUUGCAGUCAUGGUACCACCCCAGUUAUUCCUUUGCAGAAAAUGUCUGAGGUUUAACAACUUUUAGCACCACAAAUGUUUUCACCUUCUUUUAUAAACCCAUUCCUCAUUUCUUUUCUCUGCCACCACAGAAAAUCAAGCAUGUAUACACGUCUGAAUUCAAACCAUACGUUGUGUUUGUGAAGCCUCCACGCAUCGAGGAGCUACGCCUCACCAGACGAAGAGCUAAAUUCAUCUGUGACGAAGAGGAAAAGAACCCUUUGAGGAUCUUCUCAGUAAGAAAACCAAUAACAGAACACUAGGAACACACUGGGGACAUGUGUGAAGACAGGUGCUUGUUUCAUGUCUUGUAACAUGUAGGGAGGAGUGGGGUCAAACACUCAACACCCACCCAACCCCACAGAAACUCCCCGACUCAGGCACACACUGUCUGUGUCAUACGGUUGACCCAGAGGUUUGUAUUUAAGAGACAUUUAAGAGACAGGGGGGGUUACAAGCUGCUUGGUGGGUGGCUUCUUGUUCCAUUACUACUUCCAUUACAAACGCUUCCAUUACAAGUGUUUGAGCGAGAUAAAAAUGGUCUGGAUUUGAAAGUCCAAUCAGAGCUGUCUAGAAUCAGCUAGUUUCCCUCACUAAGUAACAGAAGGAUCCAGAAACAGUCUUGUUUUACCAAAUCUAGAGUGACGGCGGUGACUUCAGUGGAAUUUCAUAAAAUAAUACACAUUUUGUUCACAGAGGGCACCAAACUCACACAAACUUAAAGUUCAACAGUGUCAACAGUUUUUUUGAGGAAAUAAUUAUGAGGACAAAAUCCCGUCUUGCUUUUUUGUUAUUUCACCCUUCUUCUACUUCAGUGUAACAAUACAGAAAUGUCCUCAGUUGUAUUAUCAUUGUAAAUCUAAUUUCAUCUUAACCCAUUUAAAACUUCAUUUGUUUUAGUGACAUGGCCCAAAUCUAGCUAUCCAGACUGUGUUUGUUAAAGUUACCUCAAACCUACACUAAAGUGUUUAAGCUUUAUCCUGAUCUGAACCAAGAUCGGAUCAUCAGAUCUUUUAUUCUUUGACCAACAUGUUUACAAGAGUUGAUCCAAUCUGUGUCUUUGAUUCUGGAAAAAUUUCUUUUUAAUAACUGGGUCAUAAGGAUGACAGACUUGUCUGCAUGAUUGUGAUGGACUGGAGGAACAUAGAGCCCUGAAACAAAGUCAUGCACGUUUGAUUACUGUUUUUAUGUCGGGCUUGACAAAAAGAUGCAGUGUCACUGUCCAGAUCCCCAUCUGGCUUCAUACUCCCCGUCUGACACAGCUGCUCAUGCUGCCCUUAUUAAACCCAGCAGGUCACACACCUGUGUUGCAGCCUGGAUAAGGUUUGCCCACAGAUAGUUCAGGCAUAUCUAACACGGGCUGUGCUUUAACAUGUGGUCCAACUGGUAUGAAACAGCCUCUUCUCUCUGACUGUGAGCAUGUAACGAUGUCUUACACCUUGGUUUGUCCAGCUGAAUGGUCAUGGGACUUGCUCAUGAACAUAACAGGAGUGUAUUUCAUAACCACAGACUCUUCACUAAAAAUAUUCACAAUUUUGGUGAUUUUUUUUAUUUUUUAUUUUUAUUUUUUAACAAAAUUCUGGUGCAAUCAGUAUACACUGAUAAUUUUCUUGUAUGACAUCUACCCAAAUGAGGUGUUAUUUCACUGCAGUCCAAAACUAAGACAGCACAGAAUGAUAACAGAACAGAGUAUGAAUUAAAAACAUGAGAAGGUUAACAUGAGGAGCAGCUUCUCAACCAGAGCACUGAUGGGUGGAAUAUACUGAAAGACCUCCCUCUAUCUCAGAGCAUGGUUAUCACAAACAGGGGCAGUCAGUAACAAAAGAUCAUCUAAAUCACUGACAGCUGAUGGGGAUCUUGUGUAGAUAAAAAAAAUGACUAAAUAUGGAACGACUUAGUGAUUUUACUUAGGCAGCAGAAAUUAUACUUUGUAACAUCUAUAUGUGGGAAACACAGCAGGGUAUGGUAAUAUCUUACCUUUAUGCUGAGGACCUUUGUUGCUCAUAAAGAGGUGUCAGUACUAGUGGCAGUCUGCCUGCUAACCUGCUGAAAAGGGGCGUAAUGGUCUGUGUACUUGGCGGCCAACAGAUUUUCGUUUUCAAAUAAAAAAAAAAAACAAUAAUCAGGAGACAAAGUCAAAUACUGAGUUGUUUUUUCGACCUCCGAUUUUUAUGAUCAAAACAAAAAAUGGAAAAUGGUAUGUCUUCCGUUUUUCAUUUUCCAAUUCCCUACCAGUGGUCGGUAGACUGCUUGUCUCCCGAUUUUUGUUUUUUCAUUUGAAAAUGAAAAUCCAUUGGCGGCAAAGUACACAGACCAGUAAUGUCUGGUGAACUGGUAUUAUUGGUAACAAUAGAGAAGGUACUACAAAAUAUUUAUCCCAAAUUUUUAAUAAAAACUGAGUCAUCAUUAAAAUGUUAUCUUUUAAUCUCUGAGUAAGAAUAACAUAACUUGAGCUGCAUCAAACUCAACAUGACAAAUACAGCAUAAACCUCUAAAAUGUUGAUUAUUUGUUCAUUUUAAAUCAAAGCAAACACACAGUUUAAGCCUCUUGGGUAAGGAGGCACUACAACAGAGAGUUUGCUACAGGUAACAAACAAACAGCUGCCUUCACUGACUCUGAGGCUCUGCCAAUCCAAAAGCAGAUACCAAGGAGACUCAAAGGAGGAGAGGAGGGAUUUUCCACACUUGCUGCGAGGUGCAUGUUUACACAGCUAUUCUGGAGGAUUUCAGAGCCAAGAUGCCGUCUAAAUGUGUAGACAAGAGAUUAUGUGUGGCAGGAGCUGCGGACUAAAAAAAUUAUCCAUGAAUCAUUAAAUGGGUAUUUUAAGUCUUUAAUACUUUGCAUUGUCUUCUUGAUUAUUAUAGACACAAACAAACCAUGCUAUGACAGACGAUCUAUGGAUGGGUUGGAAACCAUGUGUUGCAUUCUGACUUUUCACUGUAUUCAUCCUGCUUUUCAUUUGUCGUAGGAGGAGGAUUUUGAGGACAUGCUCUCCUCAGCUGAAACCAUGGAGAGCCAGUGUAGUCACUUGUUUGACAAAGUGAUUGUCAACGGGGACAUCGCCGUGGCAUUUAGAGAGCUGAAGGCCGACCUGAAGAGGGUUCAAGAGGCAGAAGUCCACUGGAUUCCUGCAGAGUGGAUUUGCCCUGCUUCUCCAACACAAGCUCGGAGAAGCUGUGGUUAUUUGGGCGGCUGGAUUUGA